AUGGCUGCAAACGCUCUCUCGAAAUUCUCCCGUGUAUUUGGUCGCAAGUCGGCAGUAGUCAUCGGAAUGAUUCACGUGCAAGCACUCCCAGGUAAUCAACUUGAAUCAAACAUUCCUCUGUAACUUUUUGAUCAACUGAAAAUAAGGUUUGUUAUCGAUUAGAACCUGCGCUUGACUUUCGCCUAGCUACACAGCUGCCUUCCUUAGCUUUGCAGCUUUCUUUCUAAGUAAUUAAUUCUCCAUCACGCCGCGCAUAAAAUGAGAAUUCAUGUUUAUAUCGAGUUGAAAAUAUGAAUUUAAAAUUUUUAUAAAUUAAUCGCUAGAAAGAUAUGCCGGUAUUUUUUCAGCAUCUAACCUCUAUAUUGAUAUAACGGUAAGCCGGAAGCCUUAAUAAACAAUUGUUAAAUAAAUACCGAAGUCUUUUAAUUUUGUCGAUAUUUCGCUAAAGGAAAAUCAGUUUCAGUUGCAUGGCUAAACCAGUUAGUUUUUUAAAAUUAUUUCGGGGUAAAGAUCAAUCUACCUCAGUGCCAGACUCUUUUGUGACUUAUUGGGGUUCAAUAAAGCAUAUGGAUAGCACUAACUAACAAGAUAUAGCGAGUCUACUCGAAAAGUAGGGGGCUACCCCCAAGGGAGUCAGACAAGGAUAUACCCCCUGGUUAUUCAAACCCCAACCUGUUUCAGAUCAAAACAUGUCUUUAAUCUUUCCUAUUUUUCAAAAGUACAAUGUAGCUGAUUUUGUUAAUAACGCCUGACGUAUUUGAAUCUUCUUCUUCUGCUAAGGAACACCCAGGAAUCACCUAUCUAUGACUGAAAUAGUAAAUAUGGCACGCACUGAUGCAACAAACUAUAAAAAUGCUGGAGUGGUAAGAGUAUCUGAUCACUUAUACAUUAAAUUUCAAAUCAGUUUACACAAAACUUCAGAAGCAAAACUAAAGCUGCAGCAUUGAUUCUUCCAAUUUAAAUUUUCUGAGUUUUGUGUUAAACACGAACAGUUUAGUCUUCAGGUGAUAUCAGGCUUCAUACACUUGACAUAUAUGAAAUAAUUUCUAAUAGCUGAUCAUCAUUCUAUACUGAAAAAUAGCAGUACAUAGACAUUCACACAUUAUUGCUGACAAAGACCAGUAGUAUAGCGUUGAAGCAUUGUGAUCCUCAUUUAAAAGUUUUACUACAUACAAUUAAUGAUGACACUUCAUUCCUGAGUCAAACAAAUUAACUUUUAUUUGUCUGUAUUAUAGCCAACUGAGGAUGAGUACAUGCAUUGUUAACAUCAAAAACUGAAUGAUAAUGUAGGGGUCAAGAAUUGAUGUUUUGACCCUUGUCUUUAAAUUAUUUUUCUUCAGGAUGCUAUUUUGAUGGAGAACAUGCAUGAUAUUCCAUAUCUAAAUCGACAUGUUGGACCAGAAAUUGUUGCAGCCAUGAGUGUGGUUUGCAGUGAAGUCCGAAGAGUGGUGAAUAAUUUACCGUGUGGUAUUCAGAUAUUGGCUGGGGCAAACAAGGAGGCACUGGCUGUAGCAAAAGCAGCAGACCUGCAAUUUAUUCGCACAGAAGGAUUUGUUUUUUCACACAUUGCAGAUGAAGGCACAAUGAAUUCUGAUGCUGGUGAACUACUUAGGUACAGGAAACAAAUUGGGGCAGAUAAGAUUUUAGUUUUCACUGAUAUCAAGAAAAAGCACAGGUAAUUUCAUAAAUGUAUUUUUUAUUACUUGUCUAACUAAUUUAUUGUGAUAGCACUGUAUUCUUAAGAUUCCAAAACAAGCUUUUUUCUUUUUUUCUUUUCAUUUAUACAGUACUUAUAAAUUAUAGUAAUAAAAUUACUAACCAAAACAUCAUUUUAAUGUUAUAGCUAUUUAGUAACCACAAACUAUGAUUUACUCGUGCUCAGCUAAGUAUGUCAUACUUGGAGCCUCAAUAGAGCAAGUAAUUUUUUAUUUGUUUCAUUGAACCCUUUACAACUUAUUGUUAUCAUUCAUAUUCUCCAGACUGUUUUCUCUACAUUUCUUGUGGUUGCAAAAGGGAGAAUUUGAUUAACAAUCAGGAGUUUCUUCUUCUGACCUCUAUUUGUAUUUGAUUGAAGGAGAAAUUAGAAGCUUGUCGCUCUUAGGAGUUAACCCUUUAACUUCCAUGAGUGACCAAGGCAGAAUUUCUCCUAACAAUAUCAAUACAAUAUCAACCAGAGAAGUGAUGAGAAUAAAGAAAAAUAUCAACCUGGGGAUAAUUAGUUGAUCUGAUACUAAAUUCUCUGAAUUUACAUUGUAAGAAUUGUAUGGUUGACAGUAAGGAGAAUAACAAAUUUGAUCUGGGAGUUAAAGGGUUAAAGGAGUAAAUUACUAAAACAUGUUUCAUGACCAAAAUUUCUAAUUCAGCUAAGAUGACAUUUUGUGGAAAUUUAUUUCUUUCAGUUCCCACUUUAUAACAUCUGAUGUGGAUAUUCUGGAAGUGGCUCAAGCAGCAGAGUUUUUUCUCUCAGAUGGAGUGAUACUGACAGGAAAAGCAACAGGUGAAGCCACAAGCUUAAAAGAAAUGCAGUAUGCCAAAGAAUCAGUGAACAUUCCUCUUUUAAUUGGUUCUGGGGUGGAUGAUAAUAACAUAGAACAAUAUCUUGGUGCAAAUGCUAUGAUCAUUGGUUCAUACUUCAAGGAGGAUGGCCAUUGGACAAAUCCAGUGAGUUUUAAAAAGGUUCAUGCCUUCAUGGCUAAAAUUGAGAGAAUGAGAAAAUGAUGGUAAAUUGAAAUAAUAUUCCUUAAAAUAUUUUAG